CCCCCCUCCCUCCAAUCACUUCCUGGCCCUCAGAAUAAAUGCAGCGUCUUUCAAAAAGCAGCUCACAUCCUCUCCAAGAGUCGCUCCGUGAGUCAAGUUUGGGGAAAACACAACAAAACAAAACAAAAAAAGUUGAGGAGUCGCAAUCACAUUUUAAGACUCAAAGGAUCGACGCUUUUCUGCUUUUUUUGGACCUUUUCCCCCCUCCCAAUUCAAGUAAGAAAAGGAGUUUUCCGCGCCCAGUGCGCGCAGCAGGCUUGGCUGUCACUGCGUCCUUUGGGCUCGGAUUGGAUUCCCACUUUUUUUCUUUAUUUUUUAUUUUUUUUUAUUUUCCUCCGUCAAGCUGUCCUGCAACUCAUUUCGCAUGAAUCUCCUCGACCCGUACCUGAAGAUGACCGAAGAACAGGACAAGUGUCUCUCCGACGCGCCCAGUCCGAGCAUGUCCGAGGACUCCGCCGGCUCGCCCUGCCCCUCCGGCUCCGGGUCGGACACGGAGAACACCCGGCCCUCCGACAACCACCUCCUGCACGGCGCGGACUACAAGAAGGAGGGCGACGAGGAGAAGUUCCCGGUGUGCAUCCGCGACGCCGUGUCCCAGGUGCUGAAGGGCUACGACUGGACUCUGGUGCCCAUGCCGGUGCGCGUAAACGGCUCCAGUAAGAGCAAGCCGCACGUCAAGAGACCCAUGAACGCCUUCAUGGUUUGGGCGCAGGCUGCACGCCGGAAGCUGGCGGACCAAUACCCGCACCUGCACAACGCGGAGCUCAGCAAAACUUUGGGCAAACUUUGGAGGCUGCUCAACGAGGCCGAGAAGCGUCCCUUCGUGGAGGAGGCGGAGCGCCUCAGGGUGCAGCACAAGAAGGACCACCCGGACUACAAGUACCAGCCCCGGCGGAGGAAGUCCGUCAAGAACGGUCAGAUCGAGCCCGAGGACGGCGAGCAGACUCACAUCUCGCCCAACGCCAUCUUCAAGGCGCUGCAGCAGGCGGACUCUCCUGCCUCCAGCCUGGGCGAGAUGCAUUCUCCAGGAGAGCAUUCAGGUCAGUCCCAGGGUCCGCCGACGCCCCCCACCACCCCUAAGACGGACCUCCCCUCCGCCAAGUCCGACCUGAAGCGCGAGGGCCGCCCGGCUCAGGAGGGCCCCAGCCGCCAGCUCAACAUCGACUUUGGCGCCGUGGACAUCGGCGAGCUGAGCAGCGAGGUCAUCUCCAACAUGGGCAGCUUCGACGUGGACGAGUUCGACCAGUACCUGCCGCCGCACAGCCACGCCGCCGCCGCUGCCGCCGCCGGCCAAGGCGGUUACGCCUCCUCCGCCCAAGGGGGCUACGCCUCCUCCGUCGGCCAGGGCGGCAACGUGGGGCCGUGGAUGUCCAAGCAGCAGCACUCCCUCAGCACCCUGGACGCUCAACAGCGGGGCUCGGCGCAGAUCAAGACGGAGCAGCUGAGCCCGAGCCACUACAGCGAGCAGCAGGGCUCGCCGCAGCACGUGGCCUACGGCUCCUUCAGCCUGCAGCACUACAGCGCCGCCGCCUACCCCCCCAGGGCGCAGUAUGACUAUCCCGACCAGCAGGGCGGCGCCUCCUACUACGCCGCCGGCCAAGGCUCCGGCCUCUACUCCCCGUUCAGCUUCAUGAGCCCCAGCCAGAGGCCCAUGUACACCCCCAUCGCCGACACCGCGGGGGUCCCGUCCGUGCCUCAGACCAGCAGUCCUCAGCACUGGGAGCAGCAGCCCAUUUACACCCAACUCUCCCGGCCAUGAGGACUUUUUAAAAAAAACAAAAAACAUUUGACUCUUUUCUAGUUGUACAUCUCUGGAUUGGCUCCCGUCAGUGCCUUUUUGUGAUUAUAUUUUUUUAGAUAUAAUACUUGCAUAAAUCCUCUGUGAGGACAUAGUGGUUAUGAAUAUUCUAGUAUGUACUGUGUAUGUGUUCUGCUCUGUCAUCCAUUGCGGCAACGCCAAGUUAACACAAAAAAAAAAGAAAAGAAAAAAAAAGCACCCUCAGUGGCCUUACGUGUCGCCAUUAUUUUGUACAGGAAGUGACUGAGAGUUUUUUUUUUCUACUGUUGGGUUAGAGUCCGUUUCCCACCUGGCUUGUACUUUACUGCGUCUGCCACGCCAGCUUCCGUCCCGCCUCGAUACCACUGGUGCCUGCGGAGCCACGAGCGAGGAGGCUCUGUCCACAGGAAGUGACCUCUUGACCUCCUGUGCAGCCAGCAGGUCUGAGCCCCCCGGGGCACGCUUCUGUCCUACCCUAACCUCUUUUAAUUUAUUCUUUAGCAUUAACUUUAUUGGAAAAAUUAACUAUUUGCAAUGAUCGAUUCAGCAACGUGAGUGGAGUAGAUCGCUGCGUGGUACAGAUUUAUUUAUCGUUUUGUAAAUGUUAUCAUUCACUUGUGUACAGAUGAUUCAUUUCUUCUUAUUUUCUCUCCCACAAACGGAAGCUGCGUAGCGUAGCACUGGUUUGCCUUUUUUUUUUUGAGUUGAUAAAUGUUCUGGAAUGGACAUUUACUGAGAAUUGUCAUUCUCCCUUUUUUUUAUAUUCUGUAUCGUUAGUUCAUAUUUUUUGUGUCAUCACUUACUUGGAGUCUUCUUUAGGUAAACAUGGCGUCUUUGUCUUAAAAGCUUAUCUUUUGUAUUAUAUUGUUUGCAAUAAAAACAAAACACUGUAAAA